AUGGUUAUUUUAACCAUCACCAUAUUACUCAUCAAUGCACCACAAAUUCACUUUUAUACCUCAAUCAUUGAUACGGAAACAGCUAAGAAUAGUUCAAUAUGUGUUAUAUUUUAUUCUCAUCCAUUUUGGAUGUAUCUCAAUUUGGUUAACAAUUGCAUCAAUACUAUUUUACCACUUUUAAUUAAUAUAUUUUGUACUACGGGUAUCAUGUGUUUGAUUGCUAAACAAAAACUAUUGGCUAAUCGAAAAUCAAAUUCCAAUGCACCUAUACCAACAACGAACAUUCAAACUGCACUAGAGACGAAUGAAGUCAUAGUUUCUAUUGAAAAUGAGUCGACACAUCCAGUUCGUUUGAAUAUUGAUGACAUCGAUCAAACAAUAGGAUGGUAUAUGAAAGCAAAAGUUCGUUGGAAUUUUUUUCAAACGAUUAUCCACGAGAAUAUUGAAUUGAUUUGUGGUCCGGCAAUAACAAUCUUACCUCAAUUAUUUUGUUUACCACAAAUAAUCAUUUCAAAUAUGAUAAUUUGUCGUGAUUUUAGUUCUAUGGCUAUAAGAUGUCCAUUUAUCAUAUCAUUCUUUAUUUCAUUCGCUCCUCAAAUGUUCAGUUUUCUUCUUUAUGUAAGAUCAUCGACUGUCUAUUCCGCUCAUUUUUGUUCGACAUCAAUUGGAAAAAAGAUCACGUUGUAUUGGAAUUUUUGUCAUCGAAGAACGGAAGAACAAUUUAACGAUUCCGAACCUUCUCGACAUGUACUUUCAAAUACACUUCAACUUCGAGAGUAG